AUGGAUAUUUCUCAAGAUUCUCAAACCUUCACUCAGAUUCUCCGAGAUAUAACUGAACUCGAACCGGCCUUAUUUUAUGUGUUUACAGCGGAAAUACAUCCUAGAACGGGUGCCAUAGGGAGUCUACACGGUUUCUGUGAAGGAUAUGCCUACGAGACAAUUGUGCCCUACUCCCAGGAUGUAUUUACACACAAGCCGCAAACAGAGACUUUAAACGGCCUGUCAACUCCCCUGACCCAGGACCGUUGGACGCCCCCUAUUAAACACCAACGGACAAUCAGGGCCCAGAUCCACAGGUCCGCUUCACCCGAACAAUACUACUGGGAGGGUAUUCACGAGACAGCGUUACAAGGACAAGGCUCACAAGCUACAGACCAGGCAGAUGCUAUAAUUAGGGUUGCCCAAAGACAUGUUCCCGAGUUCUCAGAGCUUCUUCAGAACAGCCCUCUUCAAAAAAGCCGAGACUCCUCGCCGGCUUAUAAAGACAUCCAAGAAGCUACACAUCUAGAUCCCGAGGAGGCGCCAAAGACCCCAGUCACCAGAGCAGCCAAGCCUGAUGAUUUCAAAGUUUUAAAUGACAUUUCUGAGGUAGACGAUUUGAUGUUCUGUGAAGUGGCCAACCUUAUUGAAGCGGCCAAUUCUGGUGGGGCAACAGCCUCUUGUGAAAUAGACCAAGCCGUGCUUUUCAAGGCUUUUACACAGGGUUUAAAAUCACGAAAGGCUUUACUUCAACGUCGUAUGGGUAUUCUAUUCGAACAUCAAUACAAUCAGGAUGUGUCAUUCUGGCGUAGAGAGCUUCCCCGCAUGUUAAACAACAGUAGGGUUAAAACAAGCAAAUACCUCCGUUAAAAAACACAUAUGUAAAAAAAACACAAGCACACACAUCCUUAAGUAGAGAAAUGGCGCCCCCUAUAGACCUAAGCGAGACAAUUGAAACCCUCUUAGCGGAAAUCCCUACAGAGCUCCAAGAUAUAAUUAACCAUAUGAAUGAUUCUGGGCUAAUUGACAUAGGGGCUAUAGAUGAAAACCUAUUAUCCCAGAUUCCCUCCGAACUCAUUGAAAUUAUUACACGUAUGAAUGAGUCAGGGUCUGCAGAUGAAAACAGGUUAUCACAGAUACCCGAAUCAAUCAUAUCUUUAAUUACCCAGAUGAACGAGAGCCCAAGGUUUAAUUCUGCACCCCCUACACCUCUAAGCCAUCCUUUAACACCCUUGUUCGAAGAGGAAACCCAAUACGAUGUUUUUGAACAGCUGAACAAAUGUCUAUCAAAUCUGGAGCGGGAAGGUCUUGAUCACAAUGUACAGAACGAAAGCCCUAGGUUUAAUUCUGCACCACCUACACCUCUAAGCCAGCCUUUAACACCCAUGUCUGAAGAGUCUGAAACCCAAUACGAUGUUUUUGAACAGUUGGACAAUUGUCUAGCAAAUCAGGAUGGGGAUGGUCUUG